GGGCCGCCGCCUCCAGGCGGGCCGCCGGGCUGUCGUCUGCCGCCGCCGCCGCCGGAGCAGCAGGACGAGGGCGCCGACAGGUCUCAGCCUCCCUGGCCUUGCUGAAGUAUAAAGUGAGUUAUUAAAACGUCUGAGAACACUGACUUCUCAAAUGGUUCACAAGCAUAGUUACAGCAGAAGUGGAUGGGCAAGGACUAGAGGUUCCUGUGGAGAGGGAAAACACGGACUGAAUGUUCCUGUAGAAGAAUCAUCUGGGCAGCAGAGUGAGCUUUGCAGCCACCACGCAAAAUGCAUCCCUUGCAGACUCUCUGUCUUCAUUAAGAAGACCAAAUAGAAGGCUGUAAUGAACACGCCACUGCAUCAGAUCUCUGUCAUUCCAGCCCGAGACAUUUCCGCUGUCAGAGGCUCCAGAAGUAAGACCAAAGAAAGAGAGCGGGAAGAACAGAACGAGAAAGCUUUGGGCCAUUCCUUAAGCCGUUCCAGUAACAUUUCUAAGGCUGGAAGCCCGACGUCGCCGUCCGCUCCUCACAGCUUCCCUCGGACGUCGGUGACACCAUCCAAUCAGGACAUCUGCAGUUCCAGUGCAGUGUUUUCUGAGUGUUGUCAUCACAGUCCCGUGCAGUCUGCUGUUGUCUUGAAAUCUCCUCACUACCAGAGUUCUCUGACCCAAGGGGUCACAGUGACGGUUUUCCGUCAGGACUCUUUAAGGGUCUCUAAACCCAGGAAUCCCAGAGCCGGCAGACUCCUCAAGUUCUCCAGAUCUCUCAACGAUGUGGACGAGAGGGCCCGGGUCCUGGCCGGCCAUUUGGAUCCCGGAGAGAGGGCCUGUUCCGAAGGCAAAUUAGGGCCCCCGCCAGAGCGGGACCUGAGGAUGAACCCGCCUCACGGCCGAGACGGAGGCGCCGGCGAUCCCCCGAAGCCGCCCCCGCCGGACCACCUUCCGAACCUCCCCAUGGUGACUCUUUCCGUCCUCCCCCCAAGCGCCUCCGGAGCAAGAGAGCAGCGGGGAGGCGUCCACCUGCCGCUGCUCGAGGAGAAAGUCCACCCCGACUCGGCGCCCAAGAGCAAGCGACUGCUCCGCUACCUGUUGGCCUUUUCCCGCAGCCCCAGCUCCAGCAGCCUACACCGGUUCCACGAACUGGAGAACGGGCCGGCUCCCCACAGGAAGGCCAAGCCCUGCGGCGAGCAGGCCGGAAGCCCGGGCUUCCGUUGGGAAGAGCCGGGCGACAAUGACGACGACGUCUUCGAGGACGCCGCCACCUCAAAGCUGCAGCCCAAGGAGCUGCGGGCGCCCCUCUGCUCAGUUGAGAAGGAUAGCGACCUGGAUUGCCCUUCUCCCCUUUCUGAAAAGGUCCCCCCGGUCUCCCCUCUGUCCGUGUCUGGGGAUGCUUGCAGGAUAUGUCACUGUGAAGGAGAUGACGAGAGUCCUCUGAUUACGCCCUGUCACUGCACAGGAAGUCUUCAUUUUGUGCACCAAGGCUGCCUGCAGCAGUGGAUCAAGAGCUCAGACACCCGAUGCUGUGAACUCUGCAAAUAUGAAUUCAUAAUGGAGACCAAAUUAAAGCCUUUAAGAAAAUGGGAGAAAUUGCAGAUGACAGCCAGUGAGCGGAGAAAGAUCAUGUGCUCUGUAACAUUCCAUAUCAUUGCUAUCACCUGUGUGGUAUGGUCCUUAUAUGUCCUCAUAGACCGGACUGCUGAGGAGAUUAAGCAGGGACAAACUACUGGGAUUCUAGAGUGGCCAUUUUGGACUAAGUUGGUGGUCGUGGCUAUUGGCUUCACAGGAGGACUGCUCUUCAUGUAUGUGCAGUGCAAAGUGUACAUGCAGCUAUGGAAGAGACUUAAGGCUUAUAACAGAGUCAUCUUUGUCCAAAACUGUCCCGAAACAAGCAAAAAGACCAUUUUGGAAAAACCCACGUUAAUGGAGUCCAACUUUGGAAGUAAGGAUGCCUGUGGAAUUCACCAUUCUGAGAUAAGCUCUUCCCGUUACCCAGAACCCGAAGACUGUGGAUUAGAAGUUUUCCAAGUCUGAUUAGGGGGUGUCGUCUAUUUUCACCUGGAUGUUCACAAAGAUCUGAGGCGCAGCUGUUUACUGCAGAGACUGUACUUUGGUCGUGUGGGGAUGGAACUCAGCUUACAGCUUAGACUGAGCAGUUAAACCUUUUUAUUACAUUCUGGGUUUUUGAAGUUCUCCCUUGACGUAUCUUGUAAUAUGCGACCAUAGUCGUAGGCCUCUCGACGCUCCCUCGCUUUGAUGGGCUCACGCUCCUUAACGGGAUGAGCAGAAGGUGGGAGACGUCCGCUUCAGCCACACCGAAGUGAGCCGAAGGAAAGCGAGAUGUGAAAUUCACGCGAGUUGUGGCCGAUGCGGAUUUCGGAGACACCGUUCCAUUUAAGCACUAACCGACCCCUAGAAGCUUUUGGGGACAUUCACUGUAUCGGUGAGACAGCAACUCCAUCUACCAAGGAGAAGUUGAUAGACAUAAGCACUGGUAGCUGUUCUAAAGCCUGAUUUUCUGCUAAUGCUGCCACUAACAUCUCUCUUGGGCAAUCAGUUGAAGAUUUACGCUUUACUUAUUCUGAUAACUUAGAAAGCAAAUGGCACUUUUAAAUUUUUUUUUAUUUUGUAAUAUAUGCAUCCAGUGGGAUUGAAACUUGAAAGAAUGUCUCAUUUCAAAAGAUUCCUUUCAAAACACUCGGCUCCUUUGUAUAUAGUAGAUCCUAAAGCCUUCUUGCCUUAUAAAAGUAGGUCACUUCCAACAUACACCCGCAGGUUGAUUUCUCCAGCGUUAACUCAGCACCCUCUGCCUCGGAGCUAUUUCACGAGCUAAUUCUAAGGACUCUUGCACUUGUGAUGGGGAGUUCCUGGGUGUGUGCCAUUUGUACUUAGGGAUCUUAGGGAAUGUGUUGUCUUUUAGGAAGAUUCUGUAUAUGGCAGGCAGGCCCUUCCCGGUUUCCAACCCUAGCUAUCAAGCUGGAAGAACGCGGGUGCUCCCAGCAGAAUCUCGACUUUUUUGGUCUCUUUGGUUCUGCUUUUCUAUUCAGUUCCCUCCAACUUGAGAAAGGGAGAGGAGAUUUGACAAAUAAAUGCGUGUCAAACUCUGGUCAGGUGAGGGAGGGGUGUGUGAGUGUGCGCAUGUGUGUGCGGGUGGGUGGAGCCGUUGGGUGGUUGUGUGUCUGUGGGUGUGUAAAUGCACACACGGGCAGUCCCUUUCUCCAGGAGCAGGAGAAAAAUAGUUCCCCGAGUCUCUGGUGGAUGGUUACACGGAUUGCAGGUGGCCGGUGAGUUGGCCAGGUGAUUUGUCCUUAGCAGUGGAGGACACCCAUUGUUUUCUCAAUCCCCCUUCAGCUAAUGGCAGUUGUUGUUGGCAUAGUUACUAUUUAUUGAGCACCCACUGGGUGCAAUGCACUGUACUAAGUGCCCGGAAAGUACAAGAUGAAGAAGGGAGGCUUUCCUACCCACACGGAGCUGACGCUCUAACUGGGGAGAUGCAUAUAAAAUGUAUUUACCGCUCAUUAAGAGUGAAGGCUGGCUCAGUCCCUAUUGGACUGACUCAAAGAGAACCAUUAAAGGAACCAAAGCCCCUCAGAUUUCUAACAUUUCCUAUGUGGGGAGAAAAAAGACUCCAAAAUGGCCUUGAUACCUUAGUUCAUUAGGGAAAUAGAUUUUUGUUGCCAUCCUUUGAAGCAGUCUGUUGAAAAGAGUUCCCCCCAGGGGCACUGGAGCGGAGAUAACAUAGGAAAGGGAGAUUGUGAAGAGACAAGGUAUAAUUUUAAAUAGAUAACUUAAUAAGCUCUUAUCUUGAAGUCCAUGUGGGUUUCUCUGGAGUUAAGGAGGAGAAAGGAGGAGGCUUUAAGUUUCAAAAGUAACUCUGUGUGUGUGUGUGUGUGUGUGUGUGUGUGUUUUGCGUUGCAAAGUUUCCAGUUUCGGUCUACUCUCGUAGAACUCCACUUUCUCUGUGGAUUUAAGCGGCCCAGCCGCAUUGGCGGAAGCAUUCCUCUGGCUGGAGGGUGCCAUGCUGUUGUUAGGAAAAGUGUGAAAUAUCCCCUCCUCGCCCCCAUGCCUCUGCCUGCUGAGCGUUCUAAAGUGCAAUUACUUGGACCCCCCUCCUUAACUCUGAUCCCUUGGUUAGUAAUAUCUGCUCCAAGAGGCCAGAGACCCAGGCCACGUCCACAGACAGCUAUUUGGGGAUAAAGCAAGUCUACUCAGGUGAGUUCACUACCAGGUCUUACAUGCCUUCAGUCACUUAACAAAUCUGUCUGCAGAUAGGGCUGCUAGAAUGAUCUCUACACAGCACAGGUAGCUCCUUUCAAUGCCUUCCACCACUUUGGAAUGUCGAUAUUGGCAAACAGAGUUUACAUUUAUUUUGGGUCGGUGAGCUUGUGCCGGGACAGCCAGACGUUUGUAGGAUUCGUUGAAUAGUCUGAGGUUUCUUCCUUCCCUCACCCACCACCCAUCUCCAAAUUCCUGUGGCAUCUCAGUAUAAACUCGAGAAAAAAAGUCAAGUUUUCUACCCACCGUGGCAUGUAGUGGUCGAAAGCAGGCUGAUUCUUGGGUCGCUCGCGUCCCGGCUCCUUCGGAUUCCGGGUUCCAGUUUUGUGAGAAGAGGUUUCUUUGUAAAUCUGAUAUUAUUUCAUUUUCUGCAUUUCACGCCUUUUUGCUAUUCUGCAGUGCCCAUGGAGUCCCCAAAGAAAAGGCCUACCCCACUGCCACCUAGGGGUUGAAGCGACACUCAGUGGUGCUCUCUUGUUUCUUUUUCUGUUUUUUGAGUUGGGGUGUUGUGGACUGAUUCUCACUUUGGAAUAGCAUUGUUUUGUCCUCUUUACUCCCUGAGCUUUCACGUGAAACAGCCUUUCCUCAUCAAAUCUUUGUCCUAAAUGUCCCUCUCAUUAGAGCCACCAGACAUUGAAGAUCACACUACAGGUCAUAAAUAUAUGUUAGUGGGAGUAGCAUUGCUGUGGAGGGAGUUACACUGCAAAAUUAUAAAGCGUCCCUUCCCUCAACACCUCCGUCCAGCAAAAAAAAUAAAAAAUCCAUCCUAAUUAGGCCAAGGGGAACAUUCCUAUGGUCUUCUUUCUCUAGAAGGGGGAAUCUACUUUCAGAGCCUUAAAGCACUCUUGGGAGUCCCAGGAUUCUCUUUGGGUACUUUAAGAGAGAUGAUAGUAGAAAGGGAAGGAAGAGAAAAAGAUCUGUGAAAAGGGAAAUUAAAACCUAAAACACAGUCCUAAAUUCUGAUAUCCACUAUCACUAAUGUAUGAAUUCAGAAGCAAAGAUGUGUUCUGUUUUAUAGAUAUGCAAAUCUGAUUUUGAACUGCAGUUUUCCUGUUUGUUUUAGUUUGAACUAUUGCAGCACUUGUGUGACAGAAGGAAGUACAGAAAAGUAGAAAGCAUCACUUGUCUUUGUUUAGAAAACAAUUGGUCAAAUUUUGCAGCUGAUCUCAUAUUUUGAGAAGAUAUUUGUUGAUGGGUAAUUUUGCUCUGUUAAUAAAAUUGACUUCACACUGGCAUGUGUUGUGUGGUUUAUACAAGGCACUUCACAUUCUGCAAAGUUUUUUUAGUUCCUUAAUAAAUUUCCAGUAAUUUAAAUGUAUAGUUUUGUAUCCUUUUAUGUAUGUGGAUCUUUUCUCAGUAUUACCACUUGCGGAAUAUUUUUUAGUUUCUUAAACUGUAAAUUGGUUAUUUGUGCUGUGACAUGAGGGAUUACUGACUGCAGCAAUAAAGCAUUUCUAGAAAACGGA